AGUCCUCUGUGCCCGGGACAGACAUCAGAGACAGCCCAAACGAAGAGGUGAACCAUAUUCCAACUGCUAAUAACCUGGACCCUGUUACUUUGUCAAGCCUGCCCUGUGAGCUCUUAGAUGGAAUAGCCGCACUUUCCCUGUCUGGUGCCACUGGAGGAAACUGGGAACAAGGUGUUUUAAGGGGAUAAAUAAGACCCAGGUCUGGUUUGGAACCUGGCUUCUUCAGCUGGGACCAGCACCAGAGGAGUACCCUGAAAGGCUGCGGUGACUGGUCCUAAGCAGUGCAGUCAUGGGCAGGCCGGGGGGGUUGGCCAGGCCACCUCUGGCAUUAGCCAUCACACUGGCUCUCUUCCUCCUCUCCACUGGGGUCUUCAGCGUCCCACAGCCUCUGCCAAGAAUCGUCCUUUCCUUCGAAGACCUACAGGCCUCCCAGUCCUUUGAACACUACACUAUAUCAAACAAGGCUAUGGACUACAGGAUCCUGCAGAUGGACGAGGACCAGGACAGGAUGUACGUGGGCUGUAAAGACCAUGUCCUCUCCAUGGACAUCAACAACAUCACCCACGACACACUUAAGGUGUUUUGGCCUGCGUCUCCCAGCAAGAUAGAAGAAUGCCAAAUGGCAGGCAAGGACCCUACACACGGCUGUGGGAACUUCAUCCGAGUGGUGCAGCCUUACAACAGAACUCAUCUGUUCAUGUGUGGCAGCGGAGCAUACAGUCCUGUUUGUGUUUACAUCAACAGGGGCCGCAGACCAGAGGAAAAAAUUUUUCACAUUGACUCAAGGACUGACUCUGGAAAAGGGAGAUGCUCCUUCAAUCCUCAAGUGAAUACAGUCUCUGUCAUGCUCAACCAGGAGUUGUUCUCAGGCAUGUACAUUGACUUCAUGGGGACAGAUGCUGCCAUCUUCAGGAGCCUGACCAGGAGAAAUGCAGUGCGGACAGACCAGCACAACUCAAAAUGGCUUAGUGAGCCAAUCUUCAUUGAUGCCCAGCUGAUACCAGAUGGAACAGACCCCAAUGAUGCCAAACUGUAUUUUUUCUUCCGUGAGAGGCUGACAGAUAACAAUGGAAACACUAAAAACAUCCAUACCAUGGUGGCCAGAGUGUGUCCAAACGACAUUGGAGGACAGCGGAGCCUGGUGAACAAAUGGACCACCUUCCUUAAAGCCAGGAUGGUGUGUUCUGUUCUGGAGGAGGACGGCACUGAAACACACUUUGAUGAACUAGAAAGUGUGUUUUUGCUGGAAACCGAUCAGCCCCAGGGCUUGUUGGUGUUUGGAGUCUUCACAUCUACAAGCUCCGUUUUUAAAGGAUCAGCAGUGUGUGUGUACAACAUGGCAGACAUCCUCACAGUGUUCAAUGGGCCCUUCGCUCACAGAGAGGGGCCCAACUUUCAGUGGGUGGCCUUCCAGGGCCGCAUUCCUUAUCCAAGGCCGGGAACUUGUCCUGGAGGAGCCUUCACACCUGACAUCCAGACAACAAAGGAGUUCCCAGAUGACGUGGUUACCUUCAUACGAAACCAUCCGGUCAUGUUCAACCCUAUCUAUCCUUUGGGGAAAAAACCCCUGGUGGUUCGAACCAACACUGACUACAAAUAUACGUCAGUGGCCGUGGACCAGGUCAUGGCUGCCGACGGCAACUACCAAGUGCUCUUCCUGGGCACAGACAAAGGUACAAUACAGAAGGUCAUUGUCCUGCCCAGCAACCAUUCCCUGCAUGAAGAUCUGAUCCUGGAAGAGCUGGAAGUGUUUAAGAACCAAGCUCCUGUUACAAACCUGAAAAUUUCCCCCAAAAAACAACAGCUGUACGUCAGCUCGGAGUUCGGGGUCUCGCAGGUCUCCCUGCACCGUUGUCCCGCUUAUGGCUCAGCUUGUGCCGACUGCUGCCUCGCCAGAGACCCCUACUGUGCCUGGGACGGAUUCAGCUGCUCACGCUUCUAUCCCACCAGCAAAAGGCGAAGCAGGAGGCAGGACAUUAUGCAUGGAAAUCCACUCACUCAGUGUAGAGGAUUCAAUCUAAAAGCCUACAGAAACGCAAUGGAGAUGACACAGUACGGCGUGAAAAACAACACCACCUUCCUGGAGUGUCUUCCCAAGGCUCCUCAGGCCUCUAUUCGGUGGCUUAUUCAGAGGGACAAUGACAGGAGGAAAGAGGUGAAGCUGAGUGACCGUGUCAUCUCCACGGAGAACGGCCUCUUGAUCCGCUCCGUCCAGCUGUCUGACCAGGGUCUUUACUACUGUCUGACCACCGAGAAUGGCUUUAAACGCACCGUCGCCAAGAUCCGCCUGCGUGUGCUGAGCGAUGCCAUGGUGAGCAUGCUGACAGAUAAGCGGCAGUCACCAUGGGCGUGGGCCAGCUCCUUGCACCCUAAGGUCCUCUUGGCAGCCUUCAGUCCUGCAGAGAGUCUGGCUGUGCAACAAUACUGCAAAGAGAGACAAGAGCUCCAGAACCUCCAGCGGAGGAGGCAGCAGCAGAAGCCUCAGCCACCUGGAGAACUCAGAGGAGACCUGGCCAAGCUGAAGCCCCUGCUGGACCGAAGGAAGAGCCGCAACCGACGCAAUCACUUCCCAGAGGUCUGACACAGAGAGCUGGCAGCUACAGAAACUGACAUGCACACCUUCCGCUGUUUUAUACCCGGAUCCAAUUCUCAUCUCAAACUGCAGAGCUGCACUGUGGAUGUACAGUAAAGCAAGGAGGUGUUGUGAGGAGCUGUUUUUCGGCUAUAUCUCCUUUUCUUGUAUGAGGUACUGUGACCAGAUGGCUGUGACAUACACUAAUAUACUGGGCACACACAGGCACCCAUGCCAACUGUUUGCUGUCACAGUCACAACACAAACUGAAGUGGCCCUUUUAUGAGUGCCACUAAUAAAUUGUAAUCUCAGCUGAUAUUUCUUAGGAUAAUACACCUUGAGACGCAGCUGCUCUCAGUGAUCUUGUAUUUUAAAAAUGAUGGGAGAAAUUGGACAGGCUGGAUAUUAACUCACUAUGGGUUUGUUCUUUGUUGGAAAUAAUUUAAAGUUGUGGUGAUAAACAGAGGAGAUUGAAAAGGGACAAAAGAAAGACAGAUGUAUGUUUGAGAAUGAGUGCUCUCUCUCUUUAAGUAUUAUAUUCAAUUAGAUUCUACUCACAUUUGAAAGGUUACUUUCUAGCUAACAAAAUUCUUUCUGUUCAGUGAAAAGUACAGGACUCUGUGGGCACAUGUGGGGUCAUAAUGAGUUUGUUUUUUAAGGUUUGCAGCUUGACAUGCUGUCUAAAAUAGCACUCUUCAUACAAAGUGCAGACAUCAUGUGGUCCCAGUACAGUGUUAUAUUACAGUGCUGUAAGUAAAAAAAAAAUUAUUAGUUCACAUAGUCCAAAUUUGACAUCAAGUGCUGAUAUUACCCAAACAGAAACAGUAGUAAAAUAUCAAGUAGCAUGAGCUGUUGUGCGCACCUCUCAUGAUCUCUCCUAUAUUUAUUACUAUUACUCAGACAGAGGUGUACAAGAAGGUGCCUCAAUAUACUGCAAUUCAGCUGCAUCUUGUAUCAGUGGCAUCUUUUUUCCAGCACAGAAGCAUGUUUAUAAAAAGAAAAUCAUCAGUAAUGUAAAGGUCUUUCAGAGGCAUUAUUCAAAAUUUGGAGAAGAUUGGGUCUGUAUAUACAGUAAACAAAGCUGGAGCCAUUAGCUGGACAAUUCAGCUUAGCACUAAGGCUAAAAACAAGAGGAAACGGGUAGAACGCCACCUAGCAGCACUUGUAAAGCUAACUAAUUAGCACAUUUUGUUUAAUGCAUGCAAAAACUGAAGUGUAAAAACAAGUCUGUGAGGUUUUACUAUUUAUAGGCCAAGUAUAAUAACUACCUUUUUGUGCAAGAUUUUAUUGCCUUUGGACAGAGCCAGGCUAGCUGUUUACCCCCACCCAUUAUGUUAAGAUAAGCCAAGCAGUUGCUGGCUGUAGCUUUAUAUUUACAGACACGACAGUGGUAUCAAUCUUCUGUAAUUCUCAGCAAAGGAGCAAAUUAGUGUAUUUGCCAAAAUGCCCUGUUAUUCUUUAAUUCAUUGCCUGGAAUAGAGCAGAUGCACAAGUUAGUUAUUAUCUUCAGGUAUAUAAUGUAUGUUAAUAUAAUACAUGGAAAUCUACAGCAUUAGAUUCUGUACAUAAUGAAAAACAAUUCUUUCCUUCUUUGGAUCUAUGUUUUCAAUAGCUGCAAAGUGGACGUAGUUAUAAUUCAGAACUGUCAGUGAUGAUCUGUGAGAUAGACUUCAUAGUUAAUGUAGAUAGAAAUUAUUUGUUGUUUGUGUACAAAGUAAUUUUGUUUGUUUCACCCUUUUAAUUUAAUGUUGUGCUGAGUUUUGUGGUAAUGUCUUUUAGCUGUGUAUAUAAAUUCAACAUAUUUCACCGACUAACUACGACUGUGUCUGCAAAUCGCAGAGUUAUACAGUAUUAUUUUCAUUUUGAGAAAAGAUUUUCUAGUUGUAUUGUACCUUCCCUCGGACAGAUCUCCGCUCUACGUUUAAUAAAACUGUGUGACCAGCAUCAUGUCAGCUUCAUCUUGGUGUAAUUUCAGUGUUAUAAAACAUAUGUAUUUCUAUUUAUUAAUGUCAUG